AUGAGACCGAUGGGCAAGAUGAGACCGAUGGAGAGCUCGGAAGUACAAGAUAUUGAAGAAAACGGGCUACUACUAGAGAUAUUAUCUAAUUCUGAGGUUAUGGUUUAUCUGCAGGGCAUAUUACUAUGGGCUGGAAGCAAAGAAAAGAGCACAUCUGACUAUAUACGUCAGAUUGAGAGCUUAAUCAGUGAUUUUAGUCGAAUUCAGAUGGAAGAGAAGCGUCAGGUGACCAUGGAGGAUAUGGGAUGGAAGCUUAAAUAG